UGUCCAACCUGACCCUUACACCACUGUGCUAUGAAGCCACCUCCAUGUUGUCUCAGAAUAAAACCCUGAAAACCAUGGAACAGUUGGCUCUUCGGAUCCUUCUGCUUUGCCAGGUUGUGGUUGGGACUGUGGGCAACAUCCUUCUGUUUGUCCAUAAUUUCUCUCCAAUCUUGACUGACUCCCGACUGAGGCCCAUACAGGUCAUUCUAACCAACUUGGCUGUGGCCAAUACAUUCAUGCUCCUUCUCUUGACAUAUUCAUAUGACAUAAUUGGUUUUGUUCCAAGGAAGCCUCCAACUGACCUCAAAUGUAAACUUGCACACUUCUUUCACACUGUGGCUCAAGGCACAAUCAUGUGUUCCACCUGUGUCCUCAGCACCUACCAGUUUGUCACUCUUGUUCCUGGUACCUGGGCUAGGGUCAUGUUCAGAGAAAUAACCCCCAAGGUUGUGAGCUAUUCUUGUUACAGUUGCUGGUUGUUCAGUGUCUUAAAUAAUGCUUACAUCCCAGUGAACUUCAGUGGUCCACAGAAAUCACACAACAACUCUGAUUCUAAAGGCAAUUGGAUAUGCUCCAUCUCUGGGGUCAGUGUAGACAUGAUUUUCUUGCGGUUUUCCCAUGACAUCAUAUUCAUUGGCAUCAUGGCCUGGACAAGUGUCUCCAUGGUGAUUCACCUAAACAGACACCACCAGAGAAUGCAUUACCUACAUAAUCCUAAUCAGAGCAACAGAGGCCAUGCUGAGAACAGAGCAGCCCACGCCAUUCUGAUGCUGUUGGCCACAUUUGUGAGCUUAUAUAUUCUAGAUUGUAUUUGUAGUUUAUUUUACAUUUCCUUUGUGGAAUCUCGUCUCUGGUUGAUAGAUGUCAUAGAGCUUUUGCAUCUAAGCUUCCCCACAGUUUCUCCCUUGCUGUUGAUUUUUAGGGAUCCUAGGGGUCCUUGUUCUCUGCUCAUCAUUGUGGGUCUGGAAAUCCACGUGACUGGGGGAGCCAUUACAGAGGGACAGUAAGGUCAAAACAUGUCCAUACCUUGAAAAAUCUCAUCCUGACACCAGCAGGAGUAGGACUGAUCCUGUCUUGCUCUAGAACUGCAUCUACCCAUACACAGAGCCAGUCAAUCUCCCAGCUCUGCCAUACUAAGGUAGUCAUGAAUCCUGUGGCCAGGAUGCAGUGUAAGCUUCCUAUCUCCUUAUAAGGACAUGUCCAGCUAGCACCAGGAAUUUCUGAUCAUGCAAAUGAAGCAGUCCCAGCAACUUGGCCACUGCAAAUGAUGUACACUCAUCCUCAAAAAUCCUACCCUCUCUCCAAGGGUUAUAAAGACCAUGACACCCCCCAAUAAAGAUGUCUGUUUCACUGAAAACCAUCUUGAGAGAAGGCUGUUUCUCCUAGACUUAACACUGGCUAAGAUUCUGCUAGCAUGCCUUCACAAAU